CUUAUCCGAAAACUUUCCAAUGUGAUAACGGUUCAGAAUUCAAGGCAGAUGUAUCAAAGCUGUUGGAGAAGCAUAAGGUUGAAAUUAAAAGAGCGACUACAAAAUAUAAGCAUACACACACAGCUUUUGUUGAGGCGUUGAACAAGAUACUUGCCGAAAAUUUAUUCAAAAUACAAGAUGCCCAAGAACUGAAUGAUUCGGAAAAGGUAUCAUCUACAUGGGUUAAGCAUCUGUAUAAACUGAUUGAUAGGCUAAACGAUACAAAGACGCAGAUGAUUGAUAUGAAGCCAAAAGAUGCUAUUAUAAUGAAAGAGGUGCCUUUGGUUAAUCAAGAGAGCUAUCCACCUGAAGUAGAAUUACCUAAAGAUGGCUUGUAUAGAUAUUUACUACAACCUGGUGAAGAGCAUGAUGAUGGGCGGAGACGGGCAACCGAUAGAAUAUGGUCGAAAAACACAUAUAGAUUGCGUGAGGUAAUAGCGCAACCUGGUAACCGUGUAAUGUACUAUGUUCAAGAUGGACCCGGACGGGCUUUUGUAAAAGAGGAAUUGAUGUUAAUACCUGAAGAUACAGAUUUACCUCCUGAUUAUGUGCAAGGUUGGUGAAAAAGGGGCGAUACAUAAAAAGUAUCUUUACCUGUUUCUGGUAAAGAUGAUUGUGCCGAGGAUCGCGCAGGGCGGCUGGCAGGUAAGGCCGCUAUGGCUCAGUCUUGGGGGAAAAGGGGACGAUCGCGCCACAUAAUGUCACAA